AUGGAAGACGCCCCUCUGCUGGGCAGCAUGUCCAGCCCCGAAGACGAGAUGGUGACAGACCUCUUCAGCGCCGAGAGUCAGUUUGUUCCCGAAAACCUUCCCCUGAAAACUGCCGUGGCGGUAAAGCACGAGGAAGACGAUUUUCACGUCUUCAAGGACGCGUACCUGGGCCCUGCGGAUUCCAAAGAGCCCCUGCUGCACGCGUUCAACCCCGCGCUCGGCGGGGACUGCCAGCGCAAGGUCAAAGUGGAGCUGCUGGUGGAUGAGAACGAAGACGAGGGACUCCUAGGGGAGUACCCGAACCUCCCGGAGCUCAACCCCCUGGAAGACGCCGUUCUCCCUGCCGCGCCGCAGCCGCAGGCCUACAACGUCCACUUCCUGUCCUCCCUGCUCACCCCGCACAGGAGUUCUGCCGUCGUGCCCCUGGGCUCCUGGGCCAGGGAGGGAGCUGCCCACCCCGGUGUCCGCGUGAUUCCAGUUGAAAUCAAGGAAGCAGGUGGUUCUAUCACAAGUAACAGUCUGGAGGAAGCAACUUUUCAGCAUCCUCUGGCCCAGGAGUCAUGUUGCAAGUUCCCAUCAUCUCAAGGAGCAGAGGAUGCCUCUGGCUGCUCUCAUAAGAAAGACUCUAACCCAAUGGUGAUAUGUCAGUUGAAAGGGGGUACACAAAUGCUGUGUAUAGACAGUUCUGGCACAAGAGAACUAAAAGCACUUCAUUUGGUUCCUCAGUAUCAAGACCAAAAUAAUUAUCUACAGUCAGAUGUCCCUAAACCCAUGACUACUUUAGUAGGAAGAUUUUUGCCAGUACCAGCAAAAUUAAAUCUCAUUACACAACAACUCGACAGUGGGGCCUUACCAUCUGCACUCAACGGGUCUGCUUUCCCCUCAGGAUCAACUCUUCCAGGACCACCACCAAAAAUAACUUUGGCUGGGUACUGUGAUUGCUUUGCUAGCGGGGACUUUUGCAACAACUGCAAUUGUAAUAAUUGUUGCAACAAUUUACGUCAUGAAAUCGAACGGUUUAAGGCCAUUAAGGCAUGUCUUGAUAGAAAUCCAGAAGCUUUCCAACCAAAAAUUGGGAAAGGAAAACUGGGUGAUGUGAAACCUCGACAUAACAAAGGAUGUAAUUGCAAGAGGUCGGGCUGCCUUAAGAACUACUGUGAGUGCUAUGAGGCCAAAAUUAUGUGUUCUUCUAUUUGCAAAUGCAUUGGUUGCAAAAAUUAUGAAGAAAGCCCAGAACGAAAAACACUAAUGAACAUGCCAAACUACAUGGAAAUUGGAGGUUUUGAAGGCGGCCAUCAUUUGUCACCAACGAAAUUUUCAGGACUGCCAAAAUUCAGAAAAGAUAGGCGGUCGACCUCGUGCAUCUCCUGGGAGGUGGUGGAAGCCACAUGCGCCUGCUUGCUGGCCCAGGGCGAAGAAGCGGAGAAGGAGCACUGCUCCAAGUGCCUGGCGGAGCAAAUGAUCCUAGAGGAGUUCGGGAGAUGCUUGUCACAGAUUCUCCAUACUGAGUUUAAAUCCAAAGGGCUGAAGAUUGAGUAA